AUGACAGACGUAUAUGUACAGGAAAAGGCCGAAUUUGUCAAGGAUAUGCAGGAUGUCUUUGAACGUCUCUACAAUCUAGCGACCACGACCAAUCUCCACAUAGCAGACAUCACACCAAGGCUCGAAUGGCUCAACGAGUACACAGACCAACUGCCGUCGGAUGCUCAAGAUGACCACAGCGAAAACAUAUCAGACUCGCUUGCCGCCCUUGCUGCCAUUCAAAAAUACGUUCGCAGGAUGCUCAAGGAAAUUAGGGACGGGCGUCUGAGGACAAGGGAAUAUAUCGCAGAGGACGUCGAAUGA